AUGCUUCUCCUUCACCCCAAGUCACCAGACCCCUCCUGCAGUGCUGCAAAUUUCAUAUCCUUCUUCAAGAUGCUUCCUCGUCGUAACACGAAGCGGGCAUUCUCAGAACCCGCUGUGGACCCCGAGCAAUCUGGGAAGAAGCGCAAAGCGAACACCAAUGGUAAAACGACUGCCAAAGAGGGUUCUCCUUUUCCUUCCUCUUUCUCUGAUUUUUCUUCAGACGAAACUGAAAGUCAUGUUCAUGCCGCGCCAGAGAACUAUGUUGACUACAGCAUGAUGGCAUUGAGUGGACAGUCUGAGACAUAUUCCCGUCCCCCGAGACAACAGCGAUGGAAACACGAUGGGCCGCCUAUUAUCGAUCCAGCGCUUGUCCCGGAAGGAUGGAAUGCCGAUGAACUUGACCUCGACAUCAAUGAUUUCGACAGUCAAAUUGAGAGAUGUAUGGAGAGGAUCAGCGAUGGAAUCCUGCCCAACUUCUUCAAGUUCAGGCUAUCACAGUAUGAGAAAAAGCGGGCUGCACGCGAUGAAUUGGUCAACUCUGAACCGACCGGGCUUAGCUUUGACAUUGUUCGACGCUUGGGUCAUUUGAAGGAGAUCGAGAGACAUCUCAAUACGAAUGGGGACCCUGAUGAUCAGCUUCCUAAUGUCAAGGCUAUCACCAAAGCUUACAGGGAAGGCAGAUUGGGGUGGACGAGAGGAUGGGUUAGCUACUGGUCGAAGGGCGUGCAGCUUAAUACGCCCCAGAAGUUCGAGGUGGAUUAUCAUAAGAAACUAUCUGAUGAGUACGAUACCACUAAAUCGUGGUGGGUGGAAGGUCUUCAAGCUCCAGGUGGUGCCACUCUAGGAGCUUUUCACGCGUUUGCGCCGUUUAACGGGGUGCACUCCGUCAUGUUCCCCGUGCAGGUAUCGCCUAAUAGUCAAGCUGAGAUCGUGAAUGGCCUCACUCUCUUGGUGUGCCAUGAUACUGGUGCCGAUAUUAUGGGUAUACCCCAAUGCUAUUUAAACCAGAUUGAGGCGCUAGGUACCCGCGUUGCAGUUCAUGGCUAUAAUAUUAUGGAUAUCCCUGGCUCAAGGACAUGUCACAAGGUCGUGGAGAUUGACGUCCGUCUGACUGACGGCACCAACCGAGCAUUAUCCUAUUGGAUGAAAAUACAGGCCUGUGUCAUAGAAAAUAAACCUGGUGAUCAAUUUGGAAUGCUUCUUUCGGGGCCUUUCUUGCGAUUUGCGCUUUACACUGCAACAUGCCCAGACGGGCAGGGAAAUCUUUAUGUUUGCAGUCACAAGAAGGAGCUAAAGCAGUUGCCAGCUAUCCCGGAAAACUUUGUGCCGAGAGGACCGCCAUAUUUGAAUACCGCUGCUCCUGCACCAGACGGUGGACCACCAGCCCUUUUUUUACUAGAACAGGCACGAGAAACGCCAGAAUCGGCAGUACAUCCACCACCAUUGCCCCUGCCGCAGGUAGCGAAGACAGUGAAGAAAGGGAAAAAGAAGGGGAAGAAGGGAGCGGCCUCUUAA